AUGGAAUCACUGAACGAUUUAAAGGAUUACAUAAAAUCUAGAUGUAAUUCAACCAAGUUUCUUAACCUUUCUGAGGUACCUUCUAAUUGUAGAAGUGAAGCAUGUAUGCUAGGAGUGGAUGAAGCAGGCCGUGGCCCAGUAUUAGGCCCCAUGGUAUAUGGAGUAGCAUAUUGUCCCAUUAAUCGGACUGACAUACUAAAGGACCUCGGUUGCGCAGACUCUAAAGCUCUUACAGAGGAAAAAAGAGAUGAAAUAUUGGUUAAGAUGCUUAAAGAAGAAGAUUGCAUUAAAAAUGUAGGCUGGGCUGCAGAAGUUAUAUCACCUAAUUAUAUUUCAAAUUCUAUGUAUAGAAGAGCAAAGCAUUCCUUAAAUGAGGUUUCAAUGACAUCAGCUAUAGAUUUAAUAAAAAAAGUUAUUGAACUAGGUGCAAAUAUAAAAGAGGUGUAUGUAGACACUGUGGGCCCGCCAGAGAAGUACCAAGCUAAACUCAGUGAUAUAUUUCCUGGGAUAAAAAUAACAGUAGCAAAAAAAGCUGAUUCCAUAUAUCCUAUUGUGUCAGCCGCUAGUAUAGUUGCUAAAGUGACGAGGGAUCAUGCUCUGAAGGUGUGGCAGUUCCAUGAAGGAUUAGACUUAGAUUACACACAAUUUGGAAGUGGAUAUCCUGGAGAUCCACUAACAAAGAAAUUCAUCCGGGAAAAAAUUGACCCCGUAUUCGGUUAUCCUUUGUUGGUGCGGUUCAGCUGGUCCACGGCCGAGCUUAUGCUGCAAGAGAAAGCUGUUUCGUGUACUUUUGAGGAAAUCGACGAACCGUCAAACAAAAAGUCGCCACGAUGCAAGCCGAUUAAUUCAUUCUUUGCACCAAAGAUAGAAAAUGGGACGACAAGGAAAAGGAAAAAACACAAGUUUUUUGAAGAACGAUAUUUAACUAUAGGUAACGCUUUUGAAUGA